GCCUCUCUCGGCCCAAUGUCCGCCGCCUCGGCCGUCGCGGCCAGCUCGGGAGAGCUCCUGCGGGGCGACCGCGCCCCCUCCCUGCUGGGGGCAGACCAGGCGGACUAUGAGGACGAUGACCUGGCAGGGGAGCUGAUGGACGGGGGCGACGAGGAGCCUCGGGCGUGGACCCUGCAGGAGAAGGCUCUGCACGAGGCGCGGCUGAAGGCCAAGGCCAAGCGGCGCCUGCGGAGAACGUCCUCCCGCGACUCCAACCGCGAGUCCCUCUCCGAAGGCGGGGAGCCGGUCCCCGACCCCACCAGCCCCAAGGGCAAAAACCACGACCGCAAAUCCCGCAUGGGCAAAGGCCGGGGGCUGCCCAAGAAAGGUGGCGCAGGGGGCAAGGGCGUCUGGGGGGCCCCCGGGGUGGUCUACAGCUACCAGGAGCCUGACGCCCGGGAUCCCAACUAUGACGAAGUCGCACAGGGGGACACGGUCUACGCCACGGUGGUGCCGGAGCUGGAAGAGGAGGAGCUGGAGAAGGCCGUGCAGCCCAUGAUGAAGGAAUACUUUGAGCACGGAGACACCCUGGAGGUGGUGGAACUGCUCCGUGAGCUGAACCUGGGCGGGCACAAGGCGGCUGUGCCCUCCCUGGCCGUGGCGCUGUCUCUGGAGGGCAAGGCCAGCCACCGGGAGCUGACUUCCCGCCUGCUCUCGGACCUGGUGGGGAAGGUGAUGAGCUCUGAGGACAUCGCGGCCGCCUUCGACCGGACGCUGAGCGACCUCCCCGACCUCAUCCUGGACACCCCGGAGGCCCCGCAGAUGCUGGGCCAGUUCAUUGCGCGGGCCGUGGCGGACCAUGCGCUGCCGCUGGACUUCCUCGAGCGCUACAAGGGGCGUGUGGACUGCGAGCAUGCUCGGGCUGCUCUGGACCGCGCCGCCAUCCUCCUGCGCAUCAAGCGAGAUGUCAAUCACCUGGACAACGUCUGGGGCGUGGGGGGCGGACAGAGACCCGUCAAACAUCUUAUCAAGGAGAUGAACCUCUUGCUCCGCGAAUACCUUCUUUCGGGCGAAGUCUCCGAGGCCGAGCACUGCCUUCGCCAGCUGGAGGUGCCCCACUUCCACCACGAGCUCGUCUACGAGGCGGUGGUGAUGGUGCUGGAGUCCACGGGAGACACGGCCGUCGCCAUGAUGGUGAAGCUGCUGAAGGUGCUGUGGGAGACGGGCCUGGUGACCCUGGACCAGAUGAACCGGGGCUUCCAACGGGUGUAUGAUGAGCUGGGAGAUAUCAGCCUGGACGUCCCGUUGGCUCACAGCAUCCUGGAGCGGCUGGUGGACCUCUGCUUUGAGGAGGGCGUCAUCACCAAGCAGCUGAGAGACGCCUGCCCUGCACGGGGCCGGAAGCGCUUUGUCAGCGAGGGAGACGGCGGCCAGAUCAAGCCCUAGCUUGACGCUUCCAGCCCUGGCCUCUGCCCCUCGCCCCCUGCGAUGCCCCCCGCCCAGCAGGGCUUGCCAGCUUCAAGAGAGAGGCCAGGAGGCUGCGCCAGACACCCCUCGCCCCCCCCCACCAGAAGCAGCCAGGGCAAGAAAGCGAGCUUAAGCCGCCACAUCCGGGUCAGGCUGGCGAGGGGGUCAAAAGAGGGAGCUUGCCCUCCGCAGGGCACCCCAUCCGGGUCUUGCCCCCCUUCUCCAGCCCUCCCCUGCCCACCCCCACAAACGCAUCUCAGGAAGCAGAGGGAAGCCUGGUGCCUCGUUCCAGCAGGGAUGGCAGCCACCUUGGCGUUCCUAGCCCUAUAGGGCUCGAGGGGGCCCAGGCUUCCUCCAAUAGGUCUAGCCCCUUGCUGCGUCCCAAAAGGGGACAAAUGCCUUCCC